AUGCCUUCGCCUUCUGAAAGACCCAAGGGCGUCAAUUUGAACAUCACGCUUGUUUGCCCGGAAUGCAAGGUGUAUCCUCCCGAGAUUGUUGAGCGACACAGUGAGGGAGACAUCGUUUGUGCUCUGUGCGGGCUUGUGUUGAGUUCGCGGGUCAUUGACACUCGUUCCGAGUGGAGAACGUUUGCGAACGACGAUCAGAACGGUGACGACCCUUCGCGUGUGGGAGAGGCCACGAACGGCGUGCUGGAGUCGGACCAGCUGUCGACGGUGAUCAGCGCGGGAGUUGACGGCAAUCGGGCUGCCAGAGAGUUGAAUAGAAUCCAGAACAGAAGUGUUGUUGAUAGAAAGGACUAUGCUUUGCAGGCGGCGUAUUCGCGGAUCUCGUUGUUGUGCGAUGGUUAUCAAUUGCCGCGUGUGGUUCAGGACGGUGCCAAGGAGGUGUACAAGCUGGUUCAUGACGAUAAGUUGCUGAGAGGUAAGAGUCAAGAGGCCAUUAUGGCUGCGUCGAUCUUCUUUGGAUGUCGCAAAGCCAACGUUCCAAGAACAUACAACGAGAUCUGGGCGUUGACCAAUGUGCCCAAGAAAGACAUCGGCAAGGUUUCGAAGGUGAUCAAGCAAAUUAUCCAGAGAAAAGACGCAGAACAGGGCGGACUUAUUACACACCGCAACAAUAACAUAUCUACAACACAGACCAACCCUGAAGACCUGGUGGGAAGAUUCUGCUCGCACUUGGGACUUAGUCCGCAGAUCACUACUUCCGCACAACACAUCGCACGCACAUUAAAGGAAACAGGUGUUUUGGAAGGACGGUCGCCAACCACCAUCGCAGCCACAGUGAUUUAUUUUGCAACCACCAUCUUAAAACAGCCAGUUCCGCUCUCACGGAUCAGCGAAAAAACAGGCGUCUCAGAGGGAACCAUCAAGUCGUCGUAUGUGUAUUUGCACGGAGCCAAGGAGAAGCUUGUUGAUCAAUCGUGGAUCGAUUCCGGAAAGGUCGAUCUAUCAAUGUUGAACUAA